AUGCAACAGCGCCUCCGGGAGGCACGAAUACCUUUCGUCGAGCGUGAUCAAGCUCAUCGGAGGGCGAGACGGUUCGGUUCGCUUGGAAAGGGUAGUACAGAUGUUGGCGUAGUCACUGAGGUUAAGGAGGAGGAUCUGCUGCUUGUUCGUUGCAUUUCAUUUUGCGCGCCUCCUGCGCGCGCUACUCGGCGGAAGACCUGUCUUGGUACAGGUGCUGUCAUCGUUAUGGACAAGUCCACCGACCUCGUUGCUGCCAUUGCCCGUUUCGCACACUCCUACAAGUACGAGUGGUGUGGCCAGUGCACGCCCUGUCGCACCUGGAUGAUGGACAUGGUGGACAGGUUCAAGGAAGGCCGCGGACACCCACGCGAAUUCGACAUGCUCCUCUCUCCGAACAACUUGGAGGGCCGCACAAUCUGCGCCCUCGGCGACGCAGCAGGCUGGCUCAUCCAAGGCCUCACACGCCACUUCCGCCCGCCCGUCGAGGACCGCAUCUCCCAGUUUCGCACCACCAACGGACCCGUCAUGCUCGGUGGGUGGCUCACGGCGGAUGUGGACCCCUGGCUGGCGUUGCCGAAUAAUCGGUGCGAAUAUGAGAGAGGGAGCGUCGCUGCCGUCGUUGUAGUUUGGUAG